UGAAGCAAUCGUUUCUUUUUCAAGGCCUCCAGGUCGGAGGCCUUGAGCAAUUAACGCUAAAUUUCAUGUAAUAAUUAUCAUUUCGGUGAUUACUCAGGCGGAAACUAAAGAAAGUUGAAUCGUCUGAGAGAUCGCUAAUUGUUAUUGACAUUUGGGAACGAUUUUAAUUUUUAAUUAUCUCAAAAUUCUGCGAGUUCGUUUAUUGAUUAAUCAAGUUAUCUGAGGGGUAAUGAUGUUCGAUGGAGCCCUCCGCGCUGCCUGAUACAAUCAAUAUCAUGCAUGUCAACAACUUCAGACGUUACGUUUCGACGUAAGACAUCCGUCCGUUUCCUAUAUUCCCGAUUCCAAAUUACUCAGUGAUUUUAAAUGAACGUGGAACUGACUGAAAAACAAUACGUGUGGGAUGAUUUCUACGAUGGUCUCACCAUCCUCGGGGUUACUGAGCAACGCGAUGAAGAGGUCAAGAGCAGAAAACGGAAGAAACAAGUAAUUCCACGGUCUCAGGUCUAUUGUCCUCAUGCUUACCUGUUCCUGAAUUUUUUGGAUAUCUUGAAUCCUGGAGAAAAGAUAAAAUAUCGAAAAUGCUAUCUCCGAAGGGUAACCCCCACCGACCCGGACGUAAUAAUCCUCCAGGAUAUAAAAAAUCUCUGUCUCUUCCUGCUAACGACCCCCGUGAGCCUUCAAUUCAUAAACUUCUUUCACCUCGAGGUCGUGGACCGUUUUCUCCGAGCUCUGAUCCUCUAUUUUCAAUUUUACACCGAAAUCUGGGAUGAGGAGAUCAUCAAGAAGCGAGCGGCGACGAUGAAGAAGGCCCCGAAUCCCAUGGCCGGGGGAAGCAGGAUAAGAAGAGCCGAAGAAAUGAGGAUUCUCAGGUGUGUACUCGCUAGGGAGUACUGCGAAUUGAUCGUGGGCUGCGACACCACUGCGAGGUUUCAUCAUAUGCUUGCGGGCACAGCUAUUCCGGGAAUGCAGUCCCAGGGGGAGAAGGACUUGAGGAUCUUCGAGGUCCUCAUUGGAAUGUCUCAUAGGGUUGUGUGGAUCGCUCUGAAACGCAAGCAUUUCACGUUGAUAGAAGUGGAACUCCACCGAUUAUUUAGAACUGAGGCCUACAACACUGCGGACCGAAGAACUGGGGGAAUUAUCUACAAAGGAAUGUUGGAGGAUGAAUUUAGCAUUCUCCACGGCCCCAGGGUCCCACAGAAACGGAAAUUAUUGGUGAAUUCUGCUCUCCCUCGGCAGUUAAUCAGCGAAUUAUGUGAUUUCCGGAUCGUAUCACUGGGACUGAUUGCUGAGUCCAGAGUUCCAGACCCUAGAAUCAAUUACUUGAAAAAUGCACUACUAGCGGAUGAGGAAAAUUUCCUGGACCUGGGAAUUAAGAUGGGAAUUCUCGGGCAUUCCAGGGACGAUUAUGAUAUCAUGUUGAUGCCUCUGGAGGAUGAGAAGGUAGUGGAGGAAGAGGAUGACGAUAAGUGGGAGAGAAAAAGGAGUUCUAUGUCUGAUAGAGCGAGGAGAAGCAGAGUUUUAGAGAAGGAAUGCUUGAUGAUGCCGAUCUUCGGCCCAGUCACGGAAAUUCCAGAAGUUUAUCCUCCCCCAAAAAUCAGUGUAACGUCUCCCCGAAAGCAAAACAUACGGAAUAACGCGAGGAAGAUGUGGAUGUCCAGAGAACUCAGGAGACAAAAUCACAAACCCUCAGAUCUAGUCUCCAUCGCGACCACCAUUGAAAAUUAAUCUCCUUUAGUUACUUCAUCCAAUUAUUUCUAUUUUCUCUCAUUUUUGUACAAAAAGCUAACAACAGGGAAUUUUUAAAGGAGAUCAUUGGUUAGAAUUAUCAACUUCAGCCAGAACGUAGGAUAUUUUGCACUACUAGGCAUUAAACGAAAUAUACUUAUUGUAAUUAUAACCCUAAUGUGGAAAUUAUUCUGAUGAAAAGUAAAUUAAUCGAGUUCUAUUGUAGCGUCAGGAGGGGAACUCCAAAGAACUCAAGAAAUGAAAUUGUAAAUAAUAAACUUUACACUUUUGGAAAAAUUUAAUAAAGUCUUAGCGAACCCACAAAAAAACUGCAAUUGUUAAAAAAAUUCUUUUGUUUUUAUGGAUAUUUCUUGGCAAUUAAAUCUUCCAUCAGAAUUAUAUAUUUAUAAUUCUAUUUUUUUGUAUUGUUUUUUUUUAUUAAAAUAUUUGUUUUAUCAAAAUUCUCGUUUAAUUUUUGGUAUUAUUUUUGCAAAAAUUCUGUGGAAUAUUUCGAAUGCUUCUAUUGACUUUUGUUUUCCUACUUAAUUGAACAAAAUUGAUAUUUAUUAACAUUUCCUGAUAAAAUAUAUAAUGGAAUUAGCAAAUAAAAAAUUAUUUCGAUAGAGUUUCUAGAAAAUUUAAAACAAAUUGUCUUGCGAAUUCGCUAAGUUCGAUUAUUAAUUUUCUUCUAAUACGUGAAUUAAAAAUGAGUCCUCUCCUCCCUCGAUUAUCUAAUUAUUGUUUGUU